AUGGAAGAAGAGAACACUCCAAUUGAGAUGUUGGAUCAAAACACUCCAACAACCGAACAACCACAACAACACAAAAUGGUGAUGAAACCGCUCAUAGAAAGUAUUUCUCCAAUAGCACUGUGUGUUAUUUACUUGGUGUUUUUGGUCUUAGUGGGGAUUUCUUUGGGAGUUGCGACAGUCGCCCCACCAAUGUACGUCCAACAAGACAAAGGUGUCUGGCAAUGUCCACCUAAUACAACUGUAUUUGACUCUACAAAGUGCACUGGAUAUGACGUCGAAGGCACAAGCAAGAACGCAACGGCUGAAAUUCAAGUCGGGAAAUUCUCGAUUUUAAACAGACGAUUUAAGCUCUACGGGCAGUUUAAAAAGGAUGUUGACAACUACACGAUUGGUGCAGAAAUAUCAGUCACAAUCAACGAGUCGACUCUCGACGACGGUCAAUCGCAACUCUUCAACGUGUUUAACAAACGGCCGUAUAUCACUUGUGACAUCGGAGACGCAUACUGUCAACCCUUUUUGAUCUAUACAGACUCCUUCACAAAACAAGACACCUACGCGUUUACAGUGAACGUGAAAGGGUCGAGUUACUUAGAGGGAGCUGGCGAGUUAUAUUUUCACUUAGAUGCGGUGUCGGGGUCGUAUACCUUCUUCGAUCUCUGUUGGCGGUUUGCGUUCAUCUUUUACUCGGUGAUUGUUGUUCUUGCCUUUCUGAUCACCUUCCGGAAGUACAAAUUGGCGGACUGGAUCUUUGAAGUCCGGUGGACCUUUGCUUUGUUGAUUGUUUUAGUCAUCCAGAACAAUCCGUUUUACUCGUAUGAGUACUCACUGAACACGUCUGCGCCCGAGUUUUUCAAUAUCAGCGUUAUAGUCUUCUUCUACAUCUUCUUCUUACUCUACGUGUUGAUUAUCUUCGAGUUUUAUAAGAACGGAAAGGGAACGAAGAAGUUGGUGUACUGGAUACCACGGAUUUUGUUCUUCUUGUUAUUCUUUGUGAGUGUGGAGGUCACGUUUGUUUAUAAUAAGAUCGUUGGAGUGGUAGAUCCAGAGUUCAAUCCACUCCACGACAUUCCAAGUAUAGUCAUGGCAUCAGUGUCAAUAUUGUUUGUAGUAUUGUAUGUCUUCUGGCUGUUGUAUGUUGUGUGCAGGAGUUGCUCUGAAGGGAAAAAGAUAGGGAAGACGAAGAGAAAACUCCGGAUCUUUGGAGCGUUGAUGCUGGUGUCAAUGUUCUUGUUCAUCUCACUACUGGGAUUGUCUUUGUUCUUUGGAUAUCAACAAACGAUAUCAAUCAAUUUGACGACAGUUUCCUUUGUAAAUUUCAUGUGCACGUUACUCUUCAUUGUCAAUUACCCAAGAAUGGCUGAAGAGUCUCAAUUGUGGAGCGAAGACAGAAUCAAAUUCACUAGCUUGGACGACCCAACUGCGUAUAAACAACUGCCAGACAACGCUAUUUCUGAAAUCCAUUUUGACGACGACGAAAUCUAUAACGACCCAAUCGAAAAGGAAAAUCACAAGAGAGAAAAGGAAAUGGCAAGCGACCAACAACAUCUCCAAACUCCCGUUGUCGCACCGUAUGACGGAUCAGAAGCGAUUGACCUCUAA